GUGUUGCACAUACUUGCUUUGUUUACGAGUACCGAGCUGCUAGCUUGCCAGACAGCAAACUCAAGCUCCAGCACUGUAUUAAUCUUUAUUUAAGGGAAAAUAACGACUUGAAAAAUAUGAAACCUGCUGUCGACGAGAUGUUUCCAGAAGGAGCUGGUCCGUACGUGGAUCUAGAUGAGGCAGGAGGCAGCAGCGGCCUGUUAAUGGACCUGGCAGCCAACGAAAAGGCAGUGCACUCGGAUUUCUUUAACGACUUUGAGGAUCUUUUCGAUGAUGACGACCUACAGUGACGACAGCGACCGCACACCUGCAUCAUCCAGGACUGUGUGUACAUAUAUAUAUAUAUAUAUAUAUAUAUAUAUUAAAACCGACAAAACUGGGAUUAUCUCAAUUUUAGCUCGUCUCUAACUUGUACAGUCCCCUCCUACAUGUCAAUGCUGAAAUAAAAGCUUUUUGUUUUUCCAAAAAAAA